UUGUACUCCCUCACCCAUUCUCACCUAUUCUCAGUAACUUACAAAUACUGGGCUAUAGUAUCUUGACAUUUUAGCUUUGGUUACUCCGUUUCCAAGGGGGUUUGCGUCAUUGGGUGGACGGUCCUAAUGGAGCUGACCUAGGCAGGUAGGAGACGGCCGCGUGUCCUUGCUUUGGGCCCCUCGGUGCACUGUGCCGGCUACUAGCGGCGGGCUGCCCAGAGUUCCCUUUCGACCCGCGAGUGCCCCCCGCGGAGUGUCAUACCGGAAGCAGUUCUCCCGGGAGCAUCCACUUAAGCUACUCCUUCCGGUGGCAGAGGUUAGCAUGGCCGUGGCCACGGCUCGUCUAGGGCUGCGGCCCGUGAAGCUGAUUCGGGUUCAGUUCUGUCCCUUUGAGAAGAACGUGGAGUCCACGAGGACCUUCCUCCAGGCGGUGAGCAGCGAGAAGGUGCGCUCCACCAACCUCAACUGCGAGGUGAUCGCCGACGUGAGGCAUGACGGCUCCGAGCCCUGCGUGGACGUGCUCUUCGGAGACGGGCAUCGCCUGCUGAUGCGCGGCGCUCACCUCACGGCGCGGGAGAUGCUCUCGGCCUUCGCCGCCCACGUCCAGGCCAGGGGCGCCGCGGCCAGCGGGGACAAGCCGGCCGCCGCAGCUGGGCCCUGAUCGUGCGCGAAAACCUAGAUGUCAGCUUGCAACCAGGCCUGCUGUCUAGUCCCUCGGCGCUACCUGGAGGGGUCGGGCUGGGAGAGCUCCGCCCAGACGAGGCUUUCGGACACGCCAAGAUGGGAUUGGCAAGGGAUCUGAAGGAACUUGAUUGUUUCCCCCUUAUUGAAUUUGGCUUCAUCACUCAAGUAUAUUCUAAUUAUAGUUUACCAAACUAA